GGAUUGCUUGUUCUCUCCGAACGGCUUACGUUUUCAGAACAACCGGCUGAUGGUGGGCCAGACACGUUUUAUUGCCGGAAUGCAUGUCUCGCGUAGAGCGGCCAGCGAUGGAAUAUCACAAUCAAAUGGGCCACUCCAGUUCGGCAAAUUCACUCUCCGCGAAGGCAGCCUUGGGAUGUGGCCACGGUUUGACGUACAGAUAUAAAGGAGGCUAUCACAGUGGCAAAGAACCACAUCCUCCUAUCUCCCAACCCUCCACUGCUACUCCAUGUCUCCGCAGAAGUCUCCAGCGAGGACCCGCAACCACCGGUCCACCCGGAGCCUGCCCUCAUAUCCUCGCUUGACAAAGGCCCGAUCUCCGCAUCUGCCGUCACCGGCCGCCGAUUAUAAUAAGGACGGAGAGACCGACGAUGAGCACACGCUCAGUGCGUUCGGAGACAUCUCGCUGACGGCCGAGUACGAAGCGCCCGUAUCAAGCUCUCGCAUGCACUCUCUGCGGCCCAAGGUCCGUCGCCCGCCCCUUCCCGGAAAAUCUACCCCCGUUCCUCAAGUGGAUCUGACCGAAGACCGAGGCUCGUAUACUCGUGCACAUCUCCUCUCUCAUCUUCGCUCGCGAUCAGAUGUGCCUCUAUCUGCCAAGGAGGAUUUUGAAGCCUUAUUACAGAGCCUCGCCGCUUCCGGAGAUCCUCCCAGAGCCACAUCGUCACUGUCUCGCAAUGACUUCCUCAUCGGUCGUCGACGUGGCGCGACCUCACGUCCGAUACCACCAUCUUUCAGAACGCAACUCACUUCUGACGGGACUCAAGGAGGGCCGGCCUUGCCGCCCAGGCGCCCCACCAAGCAGCUCCGAUCAUCCCGCCUAGGCGAUGGCAAGGGGCGAGUCGAUGAUGCCUGACGAUGUGUCUCCAUAACUUUACGACUGCUGAUUCCUUUUCAAAACAAAGUACUGACAAGGCUAUGUUUUCAGAGGUGUACAUGUAUGUUCAUCCGAAGCUCUAAACCUGUAUAAAGCAGGAACAUCUCCGUACAUUGAUGUCGAGUCGUACUAUCUAUAUUGGUGUGCUGUUGUAGAAAUCCGUCGUACUGCUUCCAUAAACAUGGCAAUUAUUCGUAUCAAUCAGUCUGCUCAC